AUUCUGUCAUUCCUGUAUUUCUGCAAGUUUAAAGAAUAAUGCAUGGACGUGCCCUUACUGCCGCGCUUACCUCCCUUCUGAAGGAAUUCCAGCCACUGAUAUUACCAAGAAGAUGGAGAGCACAUACCGAAAUUGCACAGAAUGUGAAACAGAGGUAUGUCUGAGUGAAAUGAGAGCUCAUUUAAGAACUUGUGAAAAAUAUAUAGAAAAAUAUGGACCUCUACAGGAGCUUGGAGACGCUGUAACAAGAUAUUCCUGUCCUUACUGCCAGUGCGAAGUAGAUGAGGAUGAACUAAUGGACCAUUGUCUCACUUACCACAGAUUGGAAAGGAGAGCAGUGUGUUGUCCAAUUUGUUCUUUAACACCUGCGAGAGAUCCAAGCUAUUUCAGCAGAAAUUUUAUAAGGCAUCUUCAACUCAGACAUACACUCCAUUAUGAAGGCUACAUAGACAUAAACACCGUUGGAGAAGUUCUUGUUGAAAGAGUUCUGGAUGGGUCAUUCUUAGAAUAUGUGCAUAUGAGUCAUCCAAACAGCGUGUAA